AUGGGCAAGAAGAGAACCAAGGCUCAGAACGGGGCGAAGCCUGCGUUCGAUGAGACCGCCCUAUCCAAAUUAACGGCCAAAAUCGAAACGGAUCUGUCCAAUACCAAGCCAAAAUCGAAGCCCAAGGAUCAAAAACAAAAAGAUGAGCGUCCUGCAAAGAGAAAGCGCAGCGAAAACGAUGUCAAAGAGGCGACCCCAAACAAAAGGCAAGCGCAAGAACCCAAGAACAGGCCUGCCAAGUCUUUGAAGAAGGGUCCAAAAGAGAGCAAGACUCCAAAGGAUAAGAACGCCGAGCUUCUCCAGGAAAUACUGGCCCUGGGUGGGGACGAGAAUGAUUUAGAUAUCGUCGCCGGAGUUGAUUCUGAUGUAGAGAUAGGCCUGGUGCGAAAGCAAAAAGAGGCACUCGCUGAGUUGGACAAAGCACUGAAGAAUGAACUGGCAGAGUUUGCGGCUGGUCUUGGUUUCGAGAAGGUCCGGGAUGAAGACGCCGCCACCGACGAUGAAGAGGAAGACGAAGUUGAAGAAGCGUCGGAGGCCGCUGACGAGCAAGAAGACGGGGAAGAAGACGAAUGGGAAGAUGAGCCAGAGCAAGUUGCCAAAGAACCACCUGCUGAGAAGCAAAGUCGCUCCGCAGCUGGUAAGUUGAUAUUCGAGCCAAAGCCUGACUGGCAUGUUCUCAGUCAGGACAACCUGCCAGCUCCCUUAGCAGAUGAUAUCCGGAAUUUCUCGUCAACGAUAAACAGCUUGCACGAAUAUGCAAAGACAUUGCUGGAGACUGAUGCAGCUGCAUAUAACACAACCGUGGCGGCAUCAUCAACGCGCAAGUUCAUGUCUACUAUUAUGACUUCAGGUACCAUGUCAGAUAAAGUCUCUGCCUUGACCCUGGCAGUGCAGGAAUCUCCAGUGCAUAACGUCAAGGCGCUGGAGAACCUGCUGAACUUGGCAGGAAAGAAGAGCCGUGAUCAGGCAAUCGCUGCCCUUGGCGCAUUGGUCGAUCUCCUCGGAAAUGGUGUGGUGUUGCCUGGUGACCGGCGCCUGCGUCUCUUUCGUACGCAGCCCGGACUGCUAGGAACACUGCAGAAGCACUCCGUGACUGCUUGGAAACCCGAAAAGCCUCUACCUGGAAAAAUCACCAAGGAACAUCUGAUCAUGUGGGCGUUCGAGGAUUGGCUUAAAGAUACCUAUUUCAAGAUCAUUCAGCUCCUGGAACUCUGGUGUGGCGACGAGAUCGAGUACACCAGGCACAGAUCUCUUGACUUUGUGUACGGUCUUUUGAAAGAAAAGCCAGAGCAGGAAGCCAAUCUAUUGCGGUUGCUCGUGAACAAGCUUGGCGACCGUGAGCGCAAAAUUGCGUCCAGGGCUUCUUAUCUCAUAUUACAGCUUCUUCUGCUCCAUCCAGGAAUGAAGCCUAUCGUCAUCAGUACGAUUGAGCAAGAGGCUCUGCUUCGUCCAGGCCAGACCAUUCGAACAAAGUACUACGCUAUCAUUACCCUCAACCAGACAAUCCUGAGCAAUAAGGAGCCGCAGAUUGCGGAUACAUUGGUCAGGAUCUACUUCGACCUUUUUGUGUCCUUGCUUAAGAUGGGAGCAUUGGGCGCAUCUGGGCCUCCCGAUGCGAAGACCAAGCAGAGGGCGACGGGGGCCAACAAGCAACCCGUUUCCAGGAAGGUUCAGGCUACUACUGUCAAGGUCCCUGAAGUUCCUGAUACAGAGACUGCAGAAAAGCUGGUGUCUGCUAUACUCACGGGUGUCAACCGUGCCGUGCCUUUCUGUACUGCGGAUGAGGAGACGUUGGAGAAGCAUCUCGAUACCCUAUUCCGGAUCACGCAUUCUGCCAACUUCAAUACUAGCAUUCAGGCCCUCAAACUGGUACAACAGCUAUCAGUGACCAAGCAUAUCGCCACCGAUCGGUUCUACAGGACCCUAUACGAGUCGCUACUAGAUCCACGACUCAUUCACUCCUCAAAACAGGCGGACUAUCUGAACCUCCUUUAUCGGUCCCUGAACAGCGACGUUGACGUUCGCCGCGUCAAGGCGUUUGUCAAGCGAAUGCUGCAGAUCUGCUAUCUUCACCAGCCUUCGUUUGUCUGCGGAAUACUGUUCCUGGUGGCACAACUGGAGGACAAAUUCCCAGACCUGAAGACUCUUCUGAAUGACCCAGAAGCAGACGCCGAUGAAGAGGAAGUGUAUAAGGAUGCUCCUGAAGAGGGGCUCAAUGAAGACCUCCCUACUGCGCAAGAUUCCCCGCAGAAGAAGUCUGCCUACGAUGGGCGCAAACGAGACCCACAGUACAGCAAUGCCGACCAGAGCUGCUUGUGGGAAGUCAUUCCCUACUUCAGGCACUUCCAUCCAUCAGUCUCAGUUUUCGCAGAGAAUCUCCUCGUUCGGCAAAAAGCUCUGCCUAAGCCUGAGCUAGCCAACCAUACGCUCAUGCACUUCCUGGACAAGUUUGUCUACAAGAACCCCAAGGCCACCGACAGCAAGCGUGGUGGCUCAAUCAUGCAGCCGGUGCUUGCAGCCGGCAGCUCCGCGCACGUCGUUGUGCCCGGCAAGUCGAGCGUCAAGCAACAGCCCACGGUGAACUCGGCUGCAUUCUGGAACAUGAAGCAGCAGGACGUUGCGGCAGAGGAUGUCUUCUUCCACACGUACUUCUCGCAGAUCGGUAAAGCUGGCCAGGAAGAUAAGGGCAAGAAAGCGAAGAAGGCCGCCGCAGAUGGCGAAGAUGAGGAGGCGGACGAGGACGAGAUCUGGGAUGCUCUCGUCAACUCGCGCCCUGAGGUUGCUGGAGAAGACGAUGACGAUGUUGAUUUGGACAUGGGAAGCGAUGAGGAUGACGAUCUUGGCUCAUUGCUCGAGGAUAUGUCCGACGAUGAUGACGACGACGACGAGGACAUGGAUUCAGGCGCCGAGGAGGUAGAGGGCGAUGUUCCAGGAGAGGAGGAUGGCUGGGUCAAUGGGGCCGAUCUCGUUGAGGACAGCGAUGAAGAGCCUGCUGGGAAGAAGGGCAAGGAUAGCAAGGGUAGGAUGCGGAAGCGUGAGCUCAAGAAGCUGCCGAUGUUUGCGACGGCCGACGACUAUGCUGGCCUCCUGGGGCAAGAGGAUGAUGAAGAUAUUUAG